CUGGAGGUCUGGAGAGCCAGAGGAGAGGAGUAGCGGACGCGGUGCCCUGUUCGCGUACGCAAGGAGGAAUUCGCCGCGGAGUCCUCUCCAAACUUCGCGGGGAAAAAAAUUCGGAGCCGCCGAGCGGCGGCGGCGCGGCGGGGAUGGAGUACCGCGACAAGCUGGUGCUCGCGCCCAUGGUUCGCGUGGGUACCCUGCCGUUUAGGCUACUGGCUGCUGAAUAUGGUGCUGAUAUCACUUACGGAGAAGAAAUAAUAGAUCAUAAGUUUUUGAAGUGUGAACGUGUUACAAAUGAAUCUCUUGGUACUACUGAUUUUUUGGAGAGAGGGACUGAUACUGUAGUAUUCCGUACUUGCCCACAAGAAAGGGAUAGGGUUGUAUUCCAAAUGGGAACAUCUGAUGCUGUGAGGGCACUGAAAGCUGCUCAGCUUGUGUGUAACGAUGUUGCUGCUAUAGAUAUCAACAUGGGUUGUCCCAAAUCUUUCUCUCUUAGUGGUGGAAUGGGAGCCGCAUUACUCUCCAAACCUGAGCUUAUUCAUGAUAUUUUGACCACAUUGCGGAGGAACUUGGACACUACCGUGACAUGUAAAAUCCGUCUUCUGAACACACGCCAGGACACUGUGGAGUUGGCUCGCCGAGUUGAGAAGAUUGGUGUUCCAGCCCUUGCUGUCCAUGGAAGAAAGGUCAAAGACAGACCAAGAGAUCCUGCUAAGUGGGAUGAGAUUGCAGAUGUUGUGUCUGCACUGUCAAUUCCAGUUAUAGCUAAUGGAGAUGUAUUUGAAUAUGAGGAUUUUAAAAGAAUUAAAGAUGCUACAGGUGCCGCUUCUGUAAUGGUUGCCAGAGGUGCCAUGUGGAAUGCCUCAAUUUUUUGUCCCAAAGGAAAAACACCUUGGGAGGAUGUCAAAAGAGAGUACGUGAGAAAGAGUAUUUUGUGGGACAAUGAUUUGAAGAGCACAAAACAAACCAUAAAAGAAAUGAUAAUGCACUAUUCUUGCCUUGAAUUCCCUGAAGGAAAAGGUGUGAACAAGUGUGAUACAAUAGCUGAUUUAGCGAAACUAUAUGGGGAAGAGUACUACAAUUUCGUUCUUUCAAAUAGGAAUUGAACACCUUGAUUUUUUCUAACAUCCAUGUUACACAGGAUAAUAUUCUGUUUGGUUGUUGGACAUCACCUAUGGGUGGGGCUUCAGUCUCGAUCUCUCAGGUUCUUAAAUCGGGGUUCUGGAAGCACCAAGUGUCCAAGUCUGCAUCACCGUUGACAUCAGAAAUUAAAGCCGAUUCACACGGGUAAUUCUUUUGGGUUAGCUUAUUAUAUCACCAUAUCUAAGACAAUUGCUGCAGUAGACAAAUUAUGGCGUGGUUGUCAUCUUGUACACUUCCAGAAAUUCAGUUUCUUGCAAUAAGUAAGGUUAUUAAAGGUCAAAUGAACUAAACUUGUACACCAAUACCUAACUCCUCAACAAACCUAUUUUUAUAUUUUACUGGAGCGAAAUAAAAGCUCGUGCCUUAUCUCAAAGCUAGAAUAUGUAAGCCAAAGGAGGUCCUCUACCUCGUGAGAAGGCUCUCAUCGUCAGUUUGUUGGUCUAUCAUCCGUAGCUAAAAUUUGUAUUUUGGAACUUAAUUUUGGAGUUAAUUUUGUUUUUGUAUUUUA